AUGGCCGAGAAAGCAAUUCAUGUAGUGAUGGUUCCAUGGUCUGCCUUUGGCCACUUGAUGCCGUUUUUCCAACUUUCCAUAGCCUUAGCCAAAGCUGGUGUUCGUGUCUCCUUCGUAUCAACUCCCAGAAACAUUGAAAGACUUCCCAAAGUUCCUCCAGCUUUAGCUCAUUUGGUUGAUUUUGUGCAACUUCCUUUGCCAUCAUUGGACAAAGAUCUCUUGCCAGAAAAUGCUGAAGCCACCAUGGAUAUUCCUUUUGAAAAAAUUCAAUACUUAAAGUUGGCAUAUGACCAUCUCCAACAUGGUGUCAAGCAAUUUGUGGCCGAUCAGUUACCUGAUUGGAUCAUUUGUGACUUUAGUCCUUAUUGGAUUGUAGACAUUGCCCAAGAGUUUCAUGUAAAGUUAAUCUUCUUUAGUGUUUUCUCUUCUCCUGCAGUAACAUCAUGGAGAGCACGACUUACGCGGAAAACUCCUAUAUCUUCGGAAAGUCUAACAAAACCACCAGAAUGGGACACAUUUCCAUCGUCAGCUUCUGAGGUACGUGACCUUGAAAGGAUCACGACGAUGAUUUCUGCUUCUCAAGCAAUAUUAUAUCGUGGCUGCUACGAGAUUGACGGAGAACAUCUGCAUGCACGCCAACAAAAAUCUGAGAAGCCUGUGAUUCCCAUAGAAAGAGGAAUUGUUGAUGGAUGUAAGGAUAAGAUAUUUGAGUGGCUUGAUAAGCAAGCACCCAAAUCAGUUGUAUUUGUGGGUUUUGGCAGUGAGUUGAAGCUUAGCAAGGACCAAGUUUUUGAGAUAGCUUAUGGACUUGAGGAGUCCGAAUUGCCAUUUUUAUGGGCACUGAGAAAACCAAGUUGGGCAAUCAAUGAUGAAGAUUUUCUACCUGCUGGUUUUGUUGAAAGGACUAGUAACAGAGGAGUUGUUUGUAAGGGAUGGGUCCCACAACGGGAAAUAUUGACACAUUCAUCUAUUGGAGGGUCUUUGUUUCACUCUGGUUGGGGUUCUGUCAUUGAAACCUUGCAGUUUGGUCAUAUCCUAGUUGUAUUACCCUUCAUUAUAGAUCAACCUCCUAAUGCAAGGUUUUUGGUGGAAAAGGGUCUAGCCAUAGAAGUGAAUAGAAAUGAAGAUGGGUCAUUCACUAGAAAAGACAUCGCCAAAUCCCUUAGAAAAGCUAUGGUAUCAGAGGAAGGAAAGAAAAUAAGAAGUAAUGCAGAAGAAGCUGCUGCAAUUGUAGGAAACAUGGAACUCCACCAGGGUCAUUACAUAGCUGAAUUUGUUCAGUUUCUGAAGAGUGGAAUCUGGAAACAAAAAUCAAUUUGA